AUGGAGAAAAGCAGAGUCGAAGCUUCAAGUCCUCUCGCCACAGUCGAAGAUAUCCAGAAACGCCUCGUUCGACCUCUCUCUCUUCCCUCACAAUCAUCAAAUCCAAUGGUAACAUCUCGGGACAAUCUUUUAAGGCGCAAUUCGUCACAGUUCAAUACAAAUUCGAUCGAGCUAUGUAGAAAGAGAGAAGUGACGAACAAGAGGCUUGAAGAUUACCUGGAUCCGGUCCUCCUCUCUGCAAUGUGUUCCAAAAUUGGCGGCAAAAGGAUCAACAGCGGAGAGAUAAAAUUGCAGAGAGAAUUCGAUCGGUUUGAGUGGCCAGUUGACGAAUUAAAGGAGUUCGUGGAAGGUUCGAGGACUGAGAAGAGAGUGAAAUUGGAGAGAAACGAAGCUGUUAAUCUCCCCGACGAUCUCGAUUUCAUUGGAGGUACCAGCUAUGAAAGCGGUGACGAAGAAGUGUCUUGUACUCCGUUUCGACGGUUUGAGAAAACAGCAUUCAAGCUGUUAAAUGGGUGA